AUGAGCAACUCGUCGUGGACGGCGCCGUCGGGGGCGGGGGCGGGGUCGUCGGCGCUCGAGACGGUGGAGACCAAGAUCAGCCCCAGCAUCCUCUUCAUCGUCGCCGUGCUGGCCAUCGUCUUCUUCGUCUGCGGCCUGCUGCACCUGCUCGCGCGCCACCUGCUGCGGCUGCGCCGCCGCCGCCGGGCCGCCCGCGACGACGCCGAGAGCGUCACCGCCUUCCAGGGCCAGCUGCAGCAGCUCUUCCACCUCCACGACGCCGGCGUCGACCAGGCCUUCAUCGACGCGCUCCCCGUCUUCCUCUACCGCAACGUCGUCGUCGGCGGGGACGGGGGCGGCGGGGGGAAGGACCCGUUCGACUGCGCCGUGUGUCUGUGCGAGUUCGCGCCUGAUGACCAGCUCCGGCUGCUCCCCAAGUGCAGCCACGCGUUCCACCUCGAGUGCAUCGACACCUGGCUGCUCUCCCACUCCACCUGCCCGCUCUGCCGCAGGAGCCUCCUCGCCGCCGGCGACCUCGAGCCCACCUGCAGCCCGGUGCUCAUGGUCCUCGACUCCGCCGACAGCUCCCGCGACCUGGCCGCCUCGGCCAGGCGCGCCGACGCCGAGCCGAGCGGCGUGGCCGUGCGCGUCCCGGGGCUCGACGGGGCCGAGGAGGUGGUCGAGGUGAAGCUGGGCAAGUUCAUGUGCGUGGAUGGCAACGCCUUUGCCGUCGCCGACGCCAGCGGAGCGGACGGAGCGGGCACCAGCAGCAACGCCAAUGCCGACGCCGACGCAGGGCUCGGGCAGAGGCGGUGCCACUCCAUGGGCUCCUACGAGUACGUCAUGGAGGAGCGCGCGUCGCUCCGCGUGGCCAUCGCCAAGCCGCCGCCCAAGAAGAAGCGGCCCGCGUUCUCCAGGGCGCGCCGCGGCGGGGGCGCCAUGUCCGAGUGCGAGUUCGGCGCGUCCAAGCGCCGCGGGGAAUCCUCCUCGCUCCGCUACCCGGUGAUCCCCACGGCGACGGCGGCACGGAAGCAGCAGCCUCCCCCCGACCUGCCCGCCGCGGCGAAGCUCGCCAAGGACAGCUUCUCCGAGUCCAAGAUAUGGAUGGUGCCGCCGGCGUCGUCCCGGAAAGGGGACCCCGACGCGGGCGGGCGGCGCACGGUGUCGUUCCGGUGGCCGAUGCGGAGCGGCAAGGACGGCGAGGAGGAGGCAGGGGGCGAGCGGAAGAGCGGGAGCGAGGUGGACUGGGGCGACGUGGAGACCGGCAGCGGCGGCGGCAACAGCGUGGUGUCGUCGCUCGCGGAGGAGCGGCCGUCGUUCGCCCGGCGCACCCUGCUCUGGGUCGUCGGCGGCCGGCAGCAAUCCAACCGGGUCGGAGACUGCUCGUGA